AUGUCCGGUGUUCCUGAUGAGAAUAUCCAACAAUUUAUGGCAUUAGCCAAUUGUCCCUUCAAUACUGCUCAAGAAUAUUUGCAAGAGUUUGGUGACCUAGGUGAAGCCUUAAAUGCUUACUAUGCAGCUGAAGCUGAUUCAGAAGGUGGUAAAAGGGCCAAAGCAAGUGACUUAAGUGGUAAUCCACCCACAUAUGAAUCUGCAACCAGUUCACAACAUCGCCCAUCAAGUCAAGGACAACAGGAGAGUUUAUCGAGACCAUCGUCAUCAUCACCAGUCGGCCAAAAGAAAGAGAAGCCAAAAUUCAUGUCCUUUUCAGAUAUGGUUAAAGACCAGGGAGAUGAUAAUGAAGAUGAUGAAAAUAGAAAUACGUUUGCAGGUGGUGAAACUUCAGGACUAGAAGUCGCGGAUCCCAACGAUCCUAAUUCCUUAAUCAAGGAUUUGUUGGAAAAGGCUAAAAAGGGAGGUCAGCAAGUUGAGCAGGAAUCAGAUGCUGAACAACCUAAACCUAAACCAAAGAAUUUUACAGGUAAGGGCUACAGAUUGGGAUCUAUUGUGGAUGCACCAAACCAAGUGGUAGAAAACAUCCCCAAAGAAAGUGCACCAGAAAAACCCAGAAAAGUUACCAGAACAAUUACAUUUUGGAGAGAAGGUUUCCAAGUGGGAGAGGGUCCAUUGUAUCGAUACGAUGACCCUGCUAAUAGCUUCUAUCUGAAUGAAUUAAAUCAAGGUAGAGCUCCAUUGAAGUUGUUAGAUGUGGAAUUUGGCCAAGAAGUGGAUGUCAACGUUUAUAAAAAAUUAGAUGAAUCCUAUAAGCCACCCAAGAGGAAAUUGGGUGGAUUCCAAGGUCAGGGACAAAGGCUGGGAUCACCAGUGCCAGGUGAUUCCAACGCUUCCAGUGUAGAACCUGUAAAGAUUCCUGAAUCUCCAGCGGAAACAAAAGAAGAGAAAGAUACACACAAGUCAGAUUCACCAAGGGGCGAUUCUUCAGUACAAAUUAGAUAUGCCAAUGGUAAGAGAGAAGUGCUCCGUUGCAACUCUACGGAUACCGUUCAGUUCCUUUACGACCACGUGCGGAGCAACACUACAGAUUCAAGAGCCUUUAGUCUAAACCACGCAUUCCCAGUGAAACCUAUAGAAGAAUAUCAAUCUACUUUGAAAGAUGCUGGUUUGGUCAAUGCAGUUGUAGUCCAGAGGUGGGUUUAG